AUGGCGAGAAAGUACCUAGGAGGAUCUGGUGAUAGCCUCACCGUAUGGAUAUCCAUAGCAGCCUCAACUGUGCUUAUAUUUUAUGGCUACGACCAGGGUGUGUUCGGCAAUGUUCUUAUCGGUGAAGAUUUCUUGCAAACGAUGGGCAACCCAUCGACAAACUUGCAAGGCACCAUGACAUCAGUUUACAACAUCGGAUGCUUUGUUGGUGCCAUGUUGACCGUAUGGACAGGUGAUUACUUCGGCCGACCUCGCCAGAUAAUGAUUGGCAGCACGAUCAUUGCAGUGGGUGGUAUCCUUCAGGCUUCUGCAUACGGUGUGCCCCAGAUGAUGGCUGGGAGAGUGGUAGCCGGCCUCGGUACAGGAAUGAACACAUCAACAGCUGGCGUAUGGCAGUCUGAGACAAGCAAGAUGAAUAGUAGGGGGAAACUUGUUAUCAUCCAGAUGGCGAACUGUAUCGCAGGCUUCUCGCUUUCAAACUGGCUUACCCUCGGGGUUUCAUUUGCUUCUGGUAGUAUUGCAUGGCGAUUUCCCUUGGCCUUUCAGGUGUUCUUCACCCUCUGCAUAUACGCAAUGUGCCCAUUUUUACCAGAUUCACCCCGUCUACUGAUCCGAAAAGGAAAAUAUGACGAAGCCCGGGAAAUUUUAGCUGUCUUGGAGGGUAAUGGAGCAACCCCAGAUUCUCAUUCCGUCAAUACCCAAUUCAAUGUGAUCAAAGACAUAUUGGAUCGCGAGAAUUUAAACUCUUACACGUGGUUUCAAUUGGUAAGAGGACGAGGGCCCUCAGGUAUUCUCAGACGUAUGAUCCUAGGGGCUUGGAUGCAAGCAAUGAACCAGAUAUCUGGAAUCAACGUCACUUCUUACUAUAUGUCAUACGUCUUCAUACACGCGCUCAACCUUUCCCCACUCCUUUCCCGCAUUCUUGCAGCAGCAGGGAGUGUGGACUACCUCAUUUUCUCGUGUCUCGCCUACUUCGUGAUCGAGCGUUAUGGACCUAUCACAAUAUCUCUCUCCCUUUCUGAAAACGGCCGUGGCGAUAAGUAUAAACUUGGUAUUGUCGCGGUUUCAUUUUUCUUUGCCUUCUUUGCCAGUUUUGGAAUGGGUGUGCUAGGUGUCCCCUGGCUUUAUCCGACAGAGAUAAAUGCUCUAGAAAUGAGGACUAAAGGGGCUUCUUUAGCUAUGGCAACAAACUGGAUUAUGAACUAUAUGGUUGUACAAAUUACUCUGCCUGGAAUUGAAAAUCUCGGUUGGAGAUUCUGGAUUAUCUGGGCAGUUAUCUGUUUCUCCUUCAUACCAACCACGUAUCUAUUCUACCCGGAAACUGCUAAUCGGACUUUGGAGGAUAUCGAUCGGUAUUUCGAAUCAAAUAGAGAGAUAAUAGUUGCGUUUAACAAAACUGCAACCCAACCAGACCGUCCCAAGGAAUAUACCCACUUGGACGAGGAAAUUUCACGCCGAGCCUUCCCAAGAGAAGCAGAACUCGAGGGACAGCAAGAUCCUCUGCUUCCUCGAUACUCUGACGAUUCAGACACCGUUAUGGGUGACGAGAAGAUAUACACCCCUCCAAGCACCGCUUCGAACAGUGGCGAGUCCCAGCCAGACCUCUAUGUAGCGGCGGACGAGGACUCCCAUGAGAAAGACCAGCUUCUUUCCAGCUCUCCGCCACCGGGUUACGGCGACCAGUUCCCUGCGCCGAUAUACCAGAAGGGCGAUGUGAAUGUGGACGUCAAGGAUGAUUUCGUCGUCCAGGGCGAUAGCUCGCCUGAAGAGCCCAAUAGACGCUGUCGUGGAAGAGGUCGGCUCUGCCGCUGGUGGAGGGAGAGACGCGAGCGUCGUCGCCGUGAAAAGGGCCAGUGUCGAGGACGAUCUUGUUGCAUGAAGAUGCUGGUUGUUAUGAAGGUCGCCUUGCUUGUAUGGCUUACUCUUUGGGCUGCUCGCUGGGUUACCGUUGGUUUCAUCAGGAGACACCAUCGUCACCAUCAGCAGCCCAACUCUCAUGGCUGUCAUUCGAACUCCUCUCGGGAAAUUGUGGUUCGAGAAAGGACCGGCUCUGUCUACGGCGUUUACCCCCUUUACGACGUUCUCGAUGUUAGAACGAAUACCGGGUCUAUUUACGUGACCGUUGUACCUCAGCCUAGUGAUCCAAAAGACCCCCUGAGACCUGCAAAGAUAUCCAUCAGGUCCAGGACCGGUAAUGUCUUCGUCAAAUUCAAGAUGCCAGCGUCCGCUGCACCCGUAGACGCCACCGGUCCUUCAGCAUCCAAACAAGUGCUCAAUGGUAAAGCGCAGUUUGACCAGAUGGAGGAAUCCUAUCUUUACAGCCAUGCCUCAUCAGAAACCACACCUUCGCUACCACCUCGCCCGUAUGAAAUCGAUAUACAAACUAGGAGCGGUAAUGUGUUUGCUAUCGUAGGGUUUUCCACCCACGCCUCGAUCUCAACUCGCACUGGCAACAUCAACGCUCAUCUAACUCCGCUCAUCUUUAACAAUACUAACCUCCCGCUGUACCCUCAGUGCAAAGGCUGCGAUGAUAUCUCUAUUCAGACUCACACCCGUUCAGGAAACGUGUGGGUUUCGGUCUCUGAACCAACGUUCAUCUCUUCCGACGAACCUAAACAUGAGUCGAAAACCGCUAUCGUUAGUGAUGACAGCAAGCGUCUAGAAACUCGUCGUGACCACCAUAACAGGCCAACCAAAUGGGACCGCAUUCUAGAUUUGCUCAACAGGAAGCCCGGUCACACUGGAUUCAAAACUUGUUCUCAGUCAGGACCAAAGGUGAAUGCCUACCACAGCAGCCGUUGCUCGGGGAAUAUGGCCAUCUCUUACCCUCACUCAUGGGCAGGCCAGGUUUCAGCGAAAACCCGCCAGCCUGGAAACGUAAUUCUCCGGGGCGAUGGGCUGCAGGUCACUGAUAGAUCAAAGAACGGCAGGCAGCUAGUAGCUAUCAAGAAGCCUACAGUCGGGCGUGAUGAUAAGCUGAGCUGGUGGGGAAGCGAAGGGAAUAUGGGUGUAUUCCUGGAUGCACGCAGGGCACCUGUGGAGUUUAAUGUAAGAAAUUAA